AUGAAGUACUCCACUGCUACUAUUCUUGUUCUCGCUCAGGGAAUCUUUGCCGCACCUUCGUUUUUGAACAAGAUCGGCCACAAGAAUUUCAAGGCCAGUCAUCGAUCCACUGGAGGGGAUAUCACUCUGUCUAUCAAGGUAUCGCAAUCUCCCAUGAAUGGCGCGUUCCAUAAGGCUGUGAAAGACGAGAUCUGCUGGUUGAUAUGCGCCAGCGACGAGAUCGAGUGUCCAGACGAUUGGGAUACAGUACUCCAAGAAACAGUAUCAAUUGACAACGUCGACACAAGGACUAUGUUAUGUGUGUCAUUGAAGUUCUUGCCGACUUGUGCGUCGUUGAGUCAGUGA